CAGUUACGAAAAAUAAAAUGUUACAAAAUCAACCCACAUCACAUGAUGAAAUAGACAUUGAGCGUCAAGCUACGUUAGUGUCCGAUGCAACUGUAACCAUAAAAACUAUAAAAAAUUUCGAUGAUCAGAUUGUUAAAGACAAUAGCUCAUCAUCGUCUAACGAUACUUUAUUACAUGGAAUUGAAUUAUAUUUAGUUGUUUUUGGACUAGGAUGUGCUGUAUUUUUAGCCGCAUUAGAUCAAACAAUUGUUUCCACAGCUUUACCUAAAAUAGUUUCAGAUUUUAAUGGAUUAGAUCAAAUAGCGUGGGUUGCAACUUCUUAUCUACUCACAACGACUUCCUUUCAACCAAUCUAUGGAAAAUUAUCUGAUAUUUUUGGUCGUAAAGCAACAUUCCUAGUUGCAAUUACCAUCUUUGAAUUAGGCAGUUUGUUAUGUGGUAUUGCCACCAAUAUGAUAUCGAUGAUAAUAUUCCGUGCAAUCGCUGGUAUUGGAGGUGGUGGUAUCAUUGG